AUGCCCGCCUCCCCUGCGCAUGCGCCCCAGCGCCGAGCGCCCCAGCGCCGCUCCCCUCCGCGGUGGCGCAACCCGCAAGGCGUCGCCCCCGCAACGCUGAGGUUGAGCGUUCUAGACCCGCUGUUGGCCUCGGCCAGCUACGACGACACAGUGAAGCUGUACGAGGAGGAGGAGGACGAUUGGGUGUGCUGUGCCACCCUGGAGGGGCACGAGUCCACCGUCUGGAGCGUGGCCUUCGACGGCAGCGGCGAGCGCUUGGCCUCCUGCAGCGACGACAGGACCGUGAGGAUCUGGCGCCGCUACCAGCCGGGCAACGAGGAGGGGGUGGUCUGCAACGGCACCGACCCCACCUGGAAGUGCAUCUGCAACCUCUCUGGCUACCACUCCAGGACCAUCUACGACGUGGCAUGGUGCCACCUGACAGGGGCUCUGGCCACGGCCUGUGGUGACGAUGCCAUCCGCGUCUUCGAGGAGGCUCCAUCCUGUGCCCCCCAACAGCCAACCUUCAGCUUGGCUGCCCACGUGCCCCGUGCCCACUCCCAGGACGUCAACUGCGUGGCCUGGCACCCCAAGGAGCCAGGGCUGCUGGCCUCCUGCAGUGACGAUGGAGACAUUGCCUUCUGGAAGUACCAACGCCCUGAGCUCUGCUGAGCACCCAGCCCCUGCCACCCUCACCCACUGCUGGCACCCACGGGCGAUGCCAUCCCUGCCCUGAGCUCUGCUGAGCACCCAGCCCCCUGCCACUCUCACCCACUGCUGGCACCCACAGGUGAUGCCAUCCCUGCCCUGAGCUCUGCUGAGCACCCAGCCCCUGCCACCCUUACCCUCCAUUGGCACCCAUGGGCGAUGCCACCCACGACCUGAGCUCUGCUGAGCACCCAGCCCCCUGCCACCCUCUCCCCCCACUGGCACCCACAGGCGAUGCCACCUGUACCCAGCUCUGUGCUGGGAAGGGCUCCUCUGUGCCACGAGUUGAGGCUGUGGCACACUCAGGACUGUGGAGGUGCCACAGGAUGCCCCAGGGAUGGGCAGAGCAGCGUGGAGCCCGCGGUGGCAUCAGGCUGGGUUUGGCACACAGGGCAGGGCUGCUGCCCCCUGCCUGCUGCUGCCCUGCGCUCAAUAAAUGAGCUCUGCUGGCCAAA